GUACUAGAGAAAUAUUCUAUUCUCGCACUUCCCAGUUCUCAGGAUCCCUUCCCUGUUCAUUUACUACCUAUUGUAGUUUGGUCCCUCUAACUGACUCACAUGAAUUGAUUGGAGAUAAUGGCGUUCUUUAUACUUGGACAUGAAUAUUGACUGUCGAUUGCUUUUUUGUUGAUAGUCAUAUAGAUCUAGAUCUAUCUAUAGGCAUAGAAAUCUACGUUUUUUACAUUGUCACAAGUUAAACAAGUCCAAGCACAAUCAAAUCACGAUACAAUGACAAUCGUCAUCGACGAUGACAUCGUUUGUUGAUUGAAUUUUGAUUGAUUUGAUCUUGUUUGAAGAGUAGAUUUCCUCCCUGCUAGGUUUCUAGAUCUAGAUCUACAAAGAAAGAAGGUUACUCCAAGUGUCCAGUUCCAGCGACAAGCCAUGGAGGCCUCAUUUGAUUUCGACCUUGGUGCCAUCAGCAUUAUGGGCUUCACUAUCAUUGAUAUCAUUAGCAUUGGCUCCCAGGCCGCUAUGGUUCUGGGAGGUGUGGUGCCUUUCAUCCCGCAGUAUAUUGACAUCUGGAAGACUAGGAACGCAGAGGGUUUCUCUCUCUUUGUUUGCUUGGCGCUGCUCAUUGCAAACAUUCUUAGAAUAAUGUUUUGGUUUGGCAAACACUUCGAGCUGCCUCUGUUGGCCCAGAGCAUCAUCAUGAUAGUGACCAUGCUGGUGCUGGUGCAGCUGUGUGUGGAUGUCCGCAGCAAGACGGAGAUCAUUGCUUCCAAACCACGCAGAUUUUCAGGCUCUAAUGGGCUGAAUGGUCCUCAUGUAGAUGCUCAAUCCCAUUCCUUCUUUGACCUGGACCCCGCCUACUUCUGGCGCUGGACGGACUUCCUGAGCUACCUGGAGUUUGUGGCAGCGUUCUCCCUGGUGGUGGGUCUGCUCACGUUCCUGCUCAUCAACAACCAGGUGUACAUCGAGUUCCUGGGCUUCAUGGCCGUCUUCACCGAGGCCAUGCUCGGCGCCCCGCAGUUCUUGAGGAACUUCCAGAACAAGUCAACGGCCGGCAUGAGGUAUUCAUCUAUCGGAACAACGCCGCCGUGUUAGAGCGCACCAGCAAGUCGGCCAUCAGCUGAUUGGGCUCUCCGUCAUCUUUCGCCGCCAGAGCCUGCUGUGACAUCAUCGUGGUCGACCUGCAUCUACACGCUAAAUCCUACCAGUGCAGUUUUACAGUCUGUGAAAACAUUAAAUUUACUAAAAUGUUUCUUUAGUUUUUACAUCAUUUUUUGUUGUAGAUCUUUUUCUUUUUCUUCUUCUUCUUUUUUCUUUCUUUUACGUACUAGAAAUGGUAAUGCCUUAUUUUUUUGGGGCUGUUUUUCUUGAUUUUUUAAAAUAUUGACUAUUGAGAAUGCAUAUUUAGUAGAAAGUUUUGAUGAAUAAUUAUAGGUUGUUCACUUUCAUUUGCCUGCGUUAAAAAAAAUCUAGCUAAUUUAUUAAUUUACCUAUGCCCACGAAACUUUGCAUGCCACUUCUGCAGGCCAGUGACCUAAAACAAAA